CAAGCUUCUGCUGGUACCGGGUGUAUGGAUAGAUAUAUAUAGCGGGGCCAGGUACACACUGGAACCGACCUGGGUUAUGCAGACUAUACUCGGGCUCGGCUCGUGGAGUAAUCACCAGGUCGCAUGGACUGUGAGUUUUCUCCUGCAGGUACAUCUAACAUAGGCAUGGAGUCAGCACCAGAAGCCUUGACUAAGACCUGCAGCCAAGGCUGCUCCAUCCCCUAUGCCCCAGGACAAAAUCCCCGAAAGGCCGAGUGACUGGAGCUGUCAGCCUGGGGACGUCUUUUAAGAUGACCCGCACGGACCCUCCGGACUUGCUGGUGUCGACCGUGUACCAGGACAUCAAGGUGGUGGACCCAGGGCUCACGUCCAAACGCCAGCCAUGUGAGCGAUCCGUGGCCCGGCCUGCUGCGCCCACGCCUUUCAACAAGCGCCACUGCCGUAGUUUUGACUUCUUAGAGGCACUGGACGAGCCCACCAUGGAGACACACCCAGAGCCGCCACCUCCUGAACCUGCGCCACCGCGCGCCCGACCCCGAGACAGCGAGCCUCGGCGCCGCACCCGUUCCAAGAGUGCGCCCCGUGCGCCCCAAGGCCUGGCGACUGCUCCAGCUUCGCCGCCCGUACUGCAACGCAGAGGCCGGGAAGCCCAGCGUGCAGUGCGGGUGGAGGGGUCGCCGCGCCGGGAGCCCUCGUAUCCUGCGCUGAGAGCUCUCGCUAAUGAGCUGCACCCCAUCAAGCUCCAGCCACAGCGGGGAGGCCCCGGACGCAUCGCGCCUCUAUGCGCCACCCCAGGCCGCUGCGCACCACCGGAACCACCCUCUGGACCCGUCCCCCAUGUCCGCUGCCGUUUGGACAUCAAACCGGACGAGGCAGUGCUGCAGCACGCCGCCCGAAGCUCGCGAUCUUGCGCACCUAGAGAGACGUCGUCCUGGGCUCGCACAACCCCACAGUUCCAUGGCCUCACAGUUCCCGGCCCUCGCCACGUGGCUCUGUCACGCACUCCCACCCCCAGUGACUUGUACUGUACUGACCCCAGAGCUCUGUACUGCGAAGGGCCGCUGCCUGGGCCCCGGGACUACUUGGAGCACCGCAGUCAACCCUUCACAACGCCUCCAGGACCCACCCAAUUCUUCUACACCGAGGAGCCAGAGGGCUACGCAGGCAGCUUUACCACAAGCCCCGGCCUUCCCUUUGAUGGCUACUGUUCCAGGCCCUAUUUGUCCGAAGAACCCCCUAGACCCAGUCCAAGGCGUGGGGGCAGCUACUAUGCUGGCGAAGUACGCACCUUCCCGAUCCAGGAGCCCCCCUCCCGCUCCUACUACGGGGAGACAACUCGAGCCUACGGUAUGCCUUUCGUUCCCCGGUACGUCCCAGAAGAGCCCCGGGCGCACCCUGGAGCCCGCACCUUUUACACCGAGGACUUUGGGAGGUACCGUGAACGCGAUAUACUGGCUCGGACUUACCCGCACCCGCGCAGCAGCCCAGCCUGGGCUGACUGGGGUCCGAGGCCUUACCGCACCCUUCAGGUGAUGCCGCCUCCCGCCCCUGGACCACUGUUGGCCUCGUGGCACGGCGGCACCGGCACAAGCCCACCCCGGCUGGCCACCGAUAGCCGCCACUACUCUCGAUCCUGGGACAACAUCCUAGCUCCUGGUCCUCGUCGUGAAGAUCCUCUAGGACGCGGCCGCAGCUAUGAGAACCUUCUGGGACGCGAGGUUCGGGAUACGCGGGGUUCAUCCCCUGAAGGUCGGCGUCCACCAGUCGUAGUGAAUCUGUCCACCUCACCCAGACGCUAUGCAGCACUGUCGCUGUCCGAGACGUCGCUGACGGAGAAGGGUCGCGCGGGGGAGAGCCUGGGCCGCAACUGGUACGUCACGCCAGAGAUUACCAUCACAGACAAUGACCUGCGCUCAGUGGAGCGCCCGACUGCCAAGGGCUGGGAAUUGCCUGGAGGCCGACCACGGCAGCCAGCACCCACGGUCCCCGAGGGUCCUGCUUCAAGCCGCCAGCGCAGCCUCGAGCAGCUGGACGAGCUCAUCACUGACCUGGUCAUCGACUCACGGUCGCCAGCCCAAGCCCCGGAGCCUGCCGCCGAAGGUUUAGGCCGCCAACUCCGCCGCCUGCUGGACUCCCGGCCUGCGGGCCCUGGAGGGGCCACCCUGCUGGCGCCAUCGCGCUCGCCCCCGGCCUCGGCUGGCAGCACUGAAGAGCCCACCGGCUCGGGGGAGGCAGCCGACGCCUCCCCGGAGCCCAGCGCAGACGAGGAUGACUUGAUGACCUGCUCCAACGCGCGCUGCCGGCGGACAGAGACCAUGUUCAACGCCUGCCUCUACUUCAAGUCCUGCCACAGCUGCUAUACCUACUACUGCUCGCGUCUGUGCCGCCGAGAGGACUGGGAUGCGCACAAGGCGCGUUGCGUGUACGGCCGCGUGGGCAGCGUGUGCCGCCACGUGCUGCAGUUCUGCCGCGACAGCAGCCCAGUACAUCGCGCCUUCUCGCGCAUAGCGCGGGUCGGAUUCCUGUCGCGAGGCCGUGGCGUGCUGUUCUUGGGCUUCCCGAGCCCGGGCUCUGCCGACAACUUCCUACGCUUCGGCCUCGAAGGGCUGCUGCUAUCGCCCACCUACCUGUCGCUGCGUGAGCUGGCUACACAUGCGGCGCCCCUGGGUAGCUAUGCACGAGAGCUGGCGGCCGCUGGAAGGCUCUAUGAGCCGGCGGAGUGCUUCCUGCUUAGCGUGUCCGUGGCUGUGGGCCCCGGCGCUGCACCCCCCGGAGCCGCUGCCCGGCCCGCGCCGCGCACUCCUGGGCCCACGGUGCGCAAGUUCGCCAAGGUGGCUCUGGCCGCUGGCAGCCCGACGCGUCCUCCUCCUGCGCGUGGCGGAGAGCCAGAUAUGGAAACGCUGAUCCUGACGCCACCCCCAGGUACUGCGGGCCUGGACGAAGAAGGUGAGGCCGGCCGGCGCGCGCGUGAAGUAGCCUUCAUCCAUAUCCAACGUGAGUUGCGAAUGCGCGGGGUCUUCCUCCGCCACGAAUUCCCACGGGUCUACGAGCAGCUCUGUGAGUUUGUGGAAGCUAACCGGCGCUUCACGCCCACAACCAUCUAUCCCACGGAUCGGCGCACUGGCCGCCCCUUCAUGUGCAUGAUCAUGGCUGCUUCCGAGCCGCGUGCACUAGACUGGGUAGCCAGCGCCAACCUGCUGGACGACAUCAUGUGAACCAUGGAACUAUUAGGCCCAGGCCCCGACCCCAGCCCUGCCUACUCUACUCAGGCCCUGCCUGAUCCAUCACGACGGCCCCGGCCCCCAGAGUCUGGACCAGUUGGUUCAACGCCCCCCAAGUCCCCUGGGCCUCCUUUAGUCUUAUACAAAUUCUCUGCCCUGAGCUCCACCCACUCCACACCUCUAACUUUGCCUAGGAAUCCCCCCCCGCCCCCACCACUGUCCCCUUUCCAACCAGCUGCUUCUCUUCCUUUCUGUUCCUAACCGGACCAUCCAAAUUCCACAUCCUGGGCUCUCCCCCAAGCCAGUUCAAGGAGAGGGGGCUCCCCAAGGGCCCGGUCCUCGCCCUCGGUGCUCCCCACUGGGAGGUGGGGUGGGACUGAGGACCUCUGGGCUCUGCCUGCUACACUCAUCCCAUGGGGACGAACUCAGUUGGUGUAUGUUGUGGGUGCUUGCUAUAGCUCUCCAACCCUUCUAUUCAGAAAUCCAUGUUAACCAAAGCCCGACGUCCUUACUUUAAACACUUCCCCUAAACCCUCCUGUCCGGGGUGUGUCAGGCUCAGAGACCUACUCCCUGUGCACCCUCAUGCUGUUGAGGCAAUGGGCAUGGCCAGCACUGUACACUUCUCAGUGCUGCCUGUCCUUCAAUGCUCUCACCUCUGGUCACCUUAGUCUGGGCCCUUGUAGGACAAGUUGGAAUACUGGGGAAUUUUCAAGGCCAAGGCAAAAAUCCACCCUGCCAGACGGAAACCUGAGCAGGGGGAAGCAGUGUGGGCGGUGACCCAGCCAGAGUUAAGAUCUGGGUAAGGAUUUGAGCUCCCAACACCUACCCAACAAGAUGGCCUUAAAAAUCUACCUUCCAGAGAAGAUGGAAGUUGAGGCCUUAAUCUCCCAGGGAGGUGGGAAGUGUGUGCUGAGGAAUUAGCAGGGGACCCUACAGAGAGCAGCUCCUACCAUUGAAUGACUUGGGAAUGAUUAAGGAACAGGGCUGCCCCUAAUUAGGAACUGGACUAGGAAAGGUGCAGAGUAGUGAGCCACCAAGUGUGGGUACGGUUAAGGAGUCCCGUGCUGAGGCCUACCCCGAAUCCAGUCGUGUGUGCAAAAGUGCCCUGGCUGCGCUCCAAGGUGAGAGAGAAGCCAAAGCCUGACUUGUUGUGGAGGUCUCGGCUCCCCUAAGCCCCUUGCCUGACCCCUACAGCCUAAGUGUACCUGGAUCUAUCUGAGCCCAGGACUUUGUGGAGGGUGUGACCCAGAGAGGGCUUGCGACCAGACUCUCCAAGCCCUCUCCAGAAGCCCCAAGCCCUUAGGAGCUCUGAAAGUUCAAUUGCGAGAAUCUAGGACACACACCUAUGCACGAGGGUGUGCACAUGCGCCAGCUAUCCUCUACUGGAUGUCCCCAGGACACUCCAGCUCUCUCUCCUUGGCCCCUGUCUUAGCACAUGCCCGGAUGCCGCUCUUGCAACACUUGCUGUCCUGCCGCCUGCCGCCCUCCCCAGGGGCUCCACAUUCCUUCCUGCGGCAGGCUGGCAAGAACGCCCCUGACGAGAAGGGCGAGUGCUUUCGAACCAAGUAAAAUAGAACUUGAAUGUAGCUGCUGCUAAUAA